AUGACUUCUAUGUCUGGGCACAGAGAAGGGCAAAGUAAUCGUUCUGUACCUUAUGAAAGUUUUGCUUCUCUUAUAAGAAUUCUCAUGUAUGGUGAGAUCGAACCCAUUUUUCGUUUUUCAAAUCUCGUAAUUUGCCGGUUUGAGGGUUCCGUGUUUGUGCGUCUUUGGCGCUGUAGAGAGAAAAGGGUGCUGGAGCUCUUGCUUCUGCAAAACCUGAAGUUGGGAAAAGUUCCCUGCUUUGUCUUCGAUUUCUCGGGCAAUACGGACAUCCGAUCUAAUCAUGAUCCAUGGUUGCAGGUUCACCGGUUGAUGUGCACAGAGCUUAUGAAAUUUGUUGAUAGAACCUCACAGAUAUUACCGGCUGUAGAAUCAGCUCGACCACGAUGCACAAUGGGAAUGCAAGCUCUGUGCUCGGUAAAUCUUGCAAUAGAGAAAGCCAAUUCACUGAUUCAACAUUGUGCAGAAUGUAGCAAACUCUACUUGGCAAUCACGGGAGAUGCAAUAUUAUCGAAAUGUGAAAAAGUACGUAAGAUGUUGGAGCUGAGUCUAAGUCAAAUACAGAAUGUGGUUCCCUUGGUAUUGGCACGACAGAUAUCUGGAAUUGUUGACGAUCUUAGGGAUGCUAAAUUUUUCGUGAAUCCUUCCGAAGAAGAGGCUGGGAAGGUUAUGCUAGCUUUGCUUCGGCGGGACCCAACUGCAUCAGAUCCCAUAGAAACUUCGGAAUUUGAGUCAUUUCAAAUUGCUGCUAUGAAGCUGCAACUCACAUCUCCAAAGGCUCUCUUAAUAGAGAAAAGAUCUAUUAAAAUUCUACUUGACAAAGUCUGCAAUGUUGACCAGACAAAGGAGAAGAUCCUGAAGUACCUACUUUAUAUUUUGAGGAUGUAUGAAAAAUCAGUUCGGAGUGGAAAAAAAGAUGUAGCUAUUGUUCAGCAUGAGGAUUCGCAUGUACGUACUAAAUCUGCAUGUAAUGGUUCUGUCUGUGGUGAGUCUAUUGAACUGGAACCACAUGUUCAAUAUGGGUAUGAUGAGGCUCAAAUUGAUGCACGUACGACGGCCAUUCCUCCUGAGGAGUUCAUAUGCCCAAUUUCUUCGAGACUUAUGCAUGAUCCUGUCGUCAUUGCUUCUGGUCAAACAUUUGAAAGGAUGUGGAUAGAGAAGUGGUUCAGUGAGGGAAAUAAUACAUGCCCAAAGACCCAAGAUAAACUGCCCCAUUUGUCAGUGACUCCAAACCCUGCCAUCAAGGAUCUCAUUUCCAAGUGGUCUAGGAAGCAUGGGAUUCCCAUUCCCGACCCAUGUUCACGGUCAACUCCUGGAGCACUUAGCUCAUGGAAAUCUUUAUCUUUCAUUUCCGUUGCUGGCUUUGGAAGUUCUCUGAAUGAUAUGCCUAUUCACAUUGAUGUCAGCAGUGUAUCGCUUAAUUCUUCAGUUGCUAGUUAUGCUUCUGAUUCAUCGCAUGAUAAGAUUGUAGAUGCCUUGGGUUUUGUACCCCCUCAGAUGAAUAGUGGUAUUCAUGGAUGCCAAUCUUCUGUGAACUCCAAUCGUUGGAUCGGUUCAGGAUUUCUCUCUAAACUUGCUGAACUUCCAUGGGAAUCACGAUGCAAAGUCGUGGCAGAUGUUAAAAACCAGUUGAAAGAAGAUGAUCAAGCCUUCCUCUCUUUGUUUUCUGAUUCCUCUGUCCAAUCAUUGAUUAGAUUUAUGGAGGAUGCAUGCUGCCAACAGAAUGUAAAAGCACAGGCAGAUGGAGCUCAAGUGCUUUUGGCCUUGGUGAGUAAUUGCAGAAAUAAAAUUCCAUCAUUGAGUGAACAUGAGUUUCAUCUGUUGGCAUCAUUUAUUGAUUCCGAAAUCACUGAAGAAGCAAUUUCCAUCCUUGAAGUCCUGUCGGUCCUCCAAGAUUGUAAAUCCAAAAUCAUGGCAUCCGGUGCUAUUCUCUCCAUCCUAAAGAUCCUUGACACCCAAAUCAGUGAUUCCCAGGUCUCUGCUGUUAAAAUACUAUAUAAUUUGUCAUUGAACAGAGACAUUGGUUCCCACAUUCAGUCAUUGGGGUGCAUCACAAAGCUCAUUCCUCUCCUGGGUGAUAGCUCGCUUGCAGGGUAUUCCAUAAAAAUUAUCAGAAAUUUAUCCGACACCGAAGGUGGAAGGGUUGCCAUAGCUGAAACCAAUGGAUGUAUAGCUUCCAUUGCAGAACUGCUUGAGACUGGCUCUCAGGAAGAACAAGAACAUGGAGUGGCUGUUCUCCUUUCUUUAUGUUUGCAACGUACUGAAUAUUGUCUGUUGGUCCUCAGAGAGGGCAUUGUCCCACCUCUUGUGAAUAUCACUGUCAAUGGCAAUGCCCGAGGAAAGGAUAGUGCAAUGGAAUUACUUCGGAUUUUGAGGGAUGUCAUAUCCACUGAUUCUGUAGAAAAUUCACUUCCUCACCCUGGUGCCAAAAUUGAAUUUUCACAGGAUAGCCACAGCUCCAAAGAGAAGAAAUCAUCUUACAAGUCUUCUGGAUUUUUUAGAAGGAAAUUGCGAGUACUGUCCAAACCCAGAUCUUUAGCUCUCUUCUGAGCUACUGUUGGCUGAAUGGUUUUUCUAUUGUGCGAGUAGAUCGAAUAACUUCUAGGGAUGAUUUCUGUACAAAUUUCACAGGAAAUUUAUCUGCUUAUCCAAGGGAGGCUAAAGAACAUAAUUUUAGCAGGUACAUCAAUUGGUUAAUGAUCAUCUUGGGCUUAUGAAAGUAACUUCCGGCAUGCAUUUUCAAUUAGUCUUGUUAUUCAUGUUUGUUUUGGCUAGCAUUUCUGGCUUUAUAUUAAAUGAGUUGUACAGUCUUGCUGUGUUUUUUGUGGAUAGUAGGUUUUUGACACAGUAGUCAAUUUCGGCAACUCUGAUCUGUAUUAGGAUUUCAUUUCAGGUCAGAUGUUGAAUGUAAACAAUCAUCUUCAGAUUGACAUUGUGAUUUUGGUCUCAUGAAUGGUUUUAGUCAUGCAACUAUGCAAUGUUUGAACUC